CUUCAGUGGCGGGCAAGGAGGCGGCGGUCAAGCUCUCAAAUUUUCAUCCUUUUUCCCUUUUUCUCCCAUAAUGGCGGACGGCGAGGAGAAAUUCGACGGCAUGCUGCUAGCUAUGGCCCAGCAGCACACGGGCGGCGUCAUUGAGCUCCUGGACACCUUCUUCAGCUUCAUGGCCAGAAAGACGGACUUCUACACUGGGGCGCCCAAGGAGACCAGCGAGAAGAUGGUCCUGGAAAAAUUCAAGAAAUACCAAAAACUCGCAUUUGCCGAACAUGACAAAAAGAAAGCAGAGAAUGAGGAGAGAGAGAGGAGGAAGCAGGAGAGGUUGAGGAAGAAGAAGGAGGAGGAGGAGGAGGAGGAGAGGAAGAGGAAGGGAGGAGCGGAGGAGCCAAAGAUUAAGGAGUUGACGGAGGAGGAGGCGAAGGAGCUGGAGAGGAAGCUUUUGAAGGACACGACAGCAGCGCCAGACACGUCCACAAAGGAGGAAGAUGUUAAAGAGAAGAAGGAAGGAGAGAUUGAGAAGAAGAAGGAGGAGGAGGAGGAGGAGGAGAAGGACGACGACGAGCAGAAUAAAGGAAAGAUUAAACCCAACGCGGGGAACGGAGCGGACCUUGAAAAGUACCGAUGGACACAAACACUACAGGAGGUUGAGGUUGUGAUCCCCCUGCCCAUCAAGGUGAAGAGCCGGGACGUUGUGGUGGAGUGGGGGCGGCGCACCCUCAAGGCAGGCCUGCGCAACGCCCCGCCCAUCAUUGAGGGGGAGCUGUACAACGAGGUCAAGGUGGAGGAGUGCAAUUGGUAUCUCGACAAUGGCAACACUGUCACCCUGUCCCUGGAGAAGAUCAACCGCAUGGAGUGGUGGUCCAAGCUGGUGACCUCCGACCCCGAGAUCAACACCCAGAAGGUCAACCCAGAGCCCUCCAAGCUGGGUGACCUGGAUGGGGAGACCCGGGGCAUGGUUGAGAAAAUGAUGUAUGACCAGCGCCAGAAGGAGAUGGGACUACCAACAUCCGAUGAGCAGAAGAAGCAGGAUGUUUUGAAAAAGUUCAUGGAACAACACCCGGAAAUGGACUUCUCAAAAUGCAAAUUCAGCUAAAAAAUACAACCAACCAACCAACCCAGCGCUCACAAAACCACAAGAAGAAGAAGAAGAAGUGAGAGAAGAAGAAGAAAACGUGUGAUUGAAUAAGGAAUAGAGGGAGACUUAUGUAAUUGAAGAGGGGAGGAUAGGAAGAAGGGAAGGAAGGAAAGAAUAGGAAACAGAGAAGGUAAAGAAAAGUAGACACAGAGAGAGAGAGAGAGAGAGAGAGAGAGACUAAUACCAUGUUUGCUGGUAGAUAGGACAACUUUUUCCCCUUCUCGAACAAGAGCAUCAACUAAUCAUCUUAAAAUAACAUAUAUCAAUUUAAAUUUGUACUGAAUAAAGAUAAAUGACAGAGCAAAGUAUUGAAUAAAAGUAGUGAACAAGAGUUAAAUACAAGUAAUAGAUUAACUCCUUCAACACGAGGAUGAUUAUACCGCGUCCCUGUGUGCCUGUGCCAUAUCCAAGGACCUUCAAUCUGCGUCCCGGCUCACUUAAACCAAUAUACCAGUUAUUUUAUCCCUAUAUCCAUGCUUACAUCUCAAAGUUAUCAAUGAAUUUAUGUUUCUAUAUGUGCGCCAUUUAAUUCUGCAUGUUUUCAUAUAUAAUACAUGAUGAUUGUGUUGAGUUUAUGGCUGAAAACUUGUUAUAUUCAAUAGCGACAUUUGAAAUUUUGCGAUCCCGGAUAUGGCGCUGUUUUGGCCCGGCCGUAGUGAAGGGAUUAAUGAAAAGUCUUAAGUGUAAAAAGUACCAAAUCAUUAAGUAAAAAGUACCGAAUGAUUGAAAGUACCAAAUACCAAAUCACUUGAGGUAAAUAUAUGAAACUUUGCAAAAUAUAUAUAAAAAUUUCCACCAUGUUUUCCAAGCUAAACUUAUGCUCGUGAGUCAUAACAAAAAUUCAGAGGCAUCUGGGGGUGAGUGAAGCAACGCACCUCCUGACGUAUGCCCCCCGCAAUGACGAGAGUAGAUAAAUCUUUGCCCUAUGUGCCGGCAAAUGUGGUAUUGGUGGUAGUUAGGGAGCGGAGAGCUGCAGAAAAGUAGAUUGUGGGAUGAUAGACAAGUAGACGAAGAACGGAUAGAGAUGGAAAUAGAGGAAGAAGGAUUGGAGUAGAUGGGGAGAUUAGAGAGAAAUGAUGUUGAUUUAUUUAGGGAGAGAUAUAGAGAAAUUGACAAGGAUAGAAGAGAAAUAGGAAUGGAAAUAGAGGAAAUAGAAAUGAAGGAAGAAUAGAAAAUGGAUUGAAAGAUGGAGAAUAGAUCGCCGGGAGAACAGAUAGACAUUGAAGGAGCGGAGAGGAGACGGACAGAGAAACAGACAAAGUUGAAAUAGAAAUUGAAAUAGCAGAAAUAAAAAUGAAGAAAGAAUAGAAAAUGGAUUAAAAGAUAGAGAAUAGAUCGCCGGAAGAGCAGAUAGACAUUGAAGGAGCGGAAAGGAGACAGGAAACAGAGAAAAACGGAUAGAAAGUUGAAAUAGAAAUUGAAAUAGCGGAAAUAAAAAUGAAAAAAAAGAAUAGAAAAUGGAUUGAAAAAUGAAGAAUAGAUCGCCGGGAGAACAGAUAGACAUUGAAGGAGCGGAGAGGAGAUGGACAGAGAAACAGACAGAAAGUUGAAAUAGAGGAAAUACAGAUGAAGAAAGAAUAGAAAAUGGAUUGAAAAAUGGAGAAUAGAUCGCCAUUGAAGGAGCGGAAAGGAGACAGGGGAGAAACAGAUAGAAAGUUGAAAUAGAGAUUGAAAUAGCGGAAAUACAGAUAAAGAAGAAAUAGAAAGGAAUAGAUUUAAAGACAGAACACAAGCAGAGGAAGAUUGAAAUAGAGAGAGAAAUAGAGAGAGAGGAAUAGAGAGAGCAAUAGAGAGAGAAAAGGGGAAUAAGAGGAAGAUGAAAGAGAAUGGAAGAGAGAGAGAGAGAGAGAGAUUAGAAGAUAGGAAAUGAAAGAGAAAGAAAAUAAAAGAAAGAAAGAAAGAAAAUGAUGAAAAAAAAAUAAAAAAAUAAAGAAAUUAAAAGAAAAAAUAAAGAAAAUAUAAUCACUUGUUUUGCACCAACUUGAUUUUCUUAACCAAAACAAAACAACAAAAAACAAAGAAAAAAACAAGCAACCAAUGUCACACAAGCACUGUUGUUGUUAUUAUUAUUAUUAUUAUUAUUAUUAUUAUUAUUAUUAUUAUUAUUAUUAUCUAUUCUCUCUCUCUCUCUCUCUCUCUCUCUCUCUCUCUCUCUCUCUCUCUUCCACCAUUCCACUGAAGAAGGAAUUUAUAACCUUAACUUUCCCUAAUAAACAGUUUGACGAUGAUGC